AUGAGCCCUUGCUCUCGCAUCAGGGCAACGGCGGUGGUGAGGACUAGCAGUCCGCCUCCGGCCGAAGGAAUAAUCGCAGGGGCCGAGGUUCUUCAUCUUCAGGAGGUCAUGGUGGGUACAGUGGCGCUUCAGGCGGUCGAGGUGGAUACUCUCAAGGUGGUGGUCAGUACAACUUGUCUGUCAGGUGGUUACCAGUCUGGAGGCCCUUCCCAUCAGGCUUCUGGCGGCAGAGGCUACAGCAGCUCUCGUGGAAACUACCGCGGUGGCGGCGGUUCAUCCAAUUCAUCUGGCGGCAAAGUCUGGAAACUGAACUCUGUCAAGCGAGACGCGGAGGCGGCCGAGGCCGAGAAACGCCCUUACCGCCCAGCCUUUGGAACUGGUGGUCAGGGAGUCGAGCUCUGGGCCAAUUACUUCCCUAUCAAGACGCUUGGGUCGCCCAAAAAGCUGUACCGUUACAGUUUCGCUGUAUACCCGGUGCAGGAAAAGAAGACGGCGGGUCAACAAAAAGUUGCCGACACAAGCCAGAGACGGGAAACCCGCAACGCCUCCGAUGGGCAUGGCGCGCAGGCAGGACAAUCUGGGUCAUUCUCUGUGUUGGCCGAUACCGACACAGACGAGAAGAUCACAGGCAAACGCAUCGGGGCCAUAUUUGCAACAGCCCAAGACGCUCUCACAAUGGGACAAGUGUGGGCAACAGACUACAAAGAGACCCUCGUGUUGCAACAGCCUCUGGACUUCAAGGAUACAGAGGCGCUGCCACUGCUGACAGUCUGUCGCGAGACUGCGACUGUUCAGGUUCAUUUUCCACCGUCCCAAGUCUACAAAGAGGACCGCAGAUACGACGUUCGCUUUCAACUUGACGAGGAAAUGGACCUCGGUGCAUUAUUCAAGGAUCUGAGUAACGGAAAUCCGCCCCCGGAAGGGUUUGUCAAGGCACUUUCGGUGAUCUUUGGGUAUGCACCUCUGCGAGACGCGAAGACCAGAGUCCUUGGAGCAGGCAGGUAUUUCAAAGACUCCAGGGAGGAGCGCCAAGAUCUUGUGUGCAUGAGCAACCCAGACAUACCCAAGUUGAUGACGAUCCUCAGAGGAUUCGUUCAGAAUGUGCGUCCAGCCACUGGCAAAUUUUUGUUGAAUGUCAAUGUCACGUAUGGAAUCUUCCGGCCCAAGAUCAACCUAGGGCGGUUGUUGUGGCCGAGGGCGGCGUUGAUCUGGGGCAGCGACGAGAAACAGCGACUUGGGGAUCUCGAGAAGCUGCACGGGAUCAUUCAGAGGACCAAGAUUCUCUACAAGCCACCAAAGAAGAAGGGAAAGCCCACGGAUGCGCAGCCGAACCGAAGUUCGGUCUGCACAGAUCAGAGCCACCCAGGAGGUCCAGACGACUUCGUUAACAGGAUCACCAUUGCUGGCUUUGCCCGGAGGAAGGACUCGGGUCAAGGUAAACAGACAGACUUCCCGAACUGGGAGCAGGCCAGAUGCAAGGACGGGGAUGACGACAUUACAGUCAAGCAAUACUUUGAGAAGUACUACAAGAUCGCGCUCAAACACCCGGAGCUGCCUUUAAUCAAUCGUGGCACACCCGAGGCUCCAGAUUACAUCCCCGCUGAGAGAUGCUGGCUGGACUUCGGACAGGCCCGCCUCGCCAAAAUUGAGCAGGAUGACGCGGCUGAAAUGAUUAGAUUUGCAUGCCAGCGACCCUUUGACAAUGCGACCAAGAUAUGCAACGUUGGUCAUGCCGUGCUGCAUCUGGGCUCUUCCAACCAGACUCUACAGCAUUUUGGGUUGUCUGUCGGAAAUGACCUGCUCAAGGUCCAAGGUCGUGAGCUGGAUGCUCCAUUACUGGCAUACAGGCAAUCAAACGUGCCAGGUCCCGCCACCACUCUGCCGGCCAUCCAGGACUUCAAGAUGGAGAUGUUGAGGUUGGGCAUGAAGAUGGGUAAUGCACUAAUGACCUUUAACAUCAAAGAAGGUGGAGAAAAGCAUAUCAUAACGGGCUUCCACAGUUUCCUCAAGGAAAGCAAAGCGAGGGGCGCGACUCUUGCGCUCAUCGUUUUCCCAUACCAGCAGCCAAGCGGGGUCUACAACAAGAUCAAGUUCCUCGGCGAUGUCGUGCAUGGACUUCACACAGUCUGUGUCAUCGGCAGGAAAUUUGUCAAGAAUGGUCAGACUCAAAGAGAAUACUUUGCUAAUGUGUCCCUCAAGAUCAACCUCAAGCUUGGAGGCACCAAUCACCAGCUUACCCACCCCCCGGAGCUGUUCAGAGGCACAAUGGUCGUGGGCUACGACGCAGUCCAUCCAACAGCGGUGGAGAAGGAGGAUCUUCCGAGUCACAUGGCGCUGGUAGCCAGCGUCGACGAGGGCCUGGGGCAGUGGAGUGGCUGCUACUGGACACAGAAGCGUCGACAGGAGAUUGCCGAUGCGACAAACCUGAAGCAGCACAUGAAGAGCAGACUUGAAUUGUGGAUGAAAGAGAGGCGCCGACGGCCCGAACGCAUCAUCAUCUACCGAGACGGUGUUUCCGAUUCUCAGUAUGAGGCGGUCAUGAAAGACGAGCUGCCCCAGAUCGAGGCCGCCUAUCGCGACCAGUUCCAGGGGGAGGAGCCAAAGAUCACCCUCGUAGUCGCGGUCAAGAGGCAUUCCACCCGCUUCUACCCAUCCGAUCCAACCCACAUGACAAAAUCUGGCAACAUGAGAAGUGGUACUAUUGUCGACCGUGGCAUCACUGAGGCACGGUACUGGGAGUUCUUCCUCACAGCUCACGAGGCGAUCCAGGGGACAGCGCGGCCCGCGCGCUAUGUUGUCCUCCGCGAUGAUAUCUUCAGGACAAAAUACAAGAAAGAUGGGUUGGUCAAGGGUCACGACUUCACAGAGGCUGUCAACAAGUUGGAGGAGUUCACCCACAAGGUGUGCUAUCUCUUCGGGCGGGCGACCAGAGCAGUCAGCCUGUGCACCCCGGCGUACUAUGCCGACAUUCUAUGCACCAGAGCUCGGGCAUACGAGUCUGCCAUAGCCCACGAACCAUUCAAGGACAUGCUCGGUAUCAGGACAAGGACGGUGGGGGCUGCCGAGGACGAGGAGCUCCGGCGCAUCAGGGAGAUGAAGGUCCAUGAUGAUCUCAAGAACUCAAUGUUCUGGAUCUGA